AUGCAUUUCAACCUGCUCCUCCUCGCAUCCGCCGUCUUGACGGCCACCGCGCACCCCGGCCCUCAUGAGCCGCUGUCCCGCAACGCCCUCCAACGCCGCGAGGAGCUCGCAAAGCGAUGCCCGGGGCACGCCGCCAGCUUCAACAAGCGGCGCAUGGCAAAGCGCUCUCCCGCGAAGCGCUGGGAAGGCCGCAACGCGACCUAUGAGAUCCAGACCGAAGCCCCGUUCUACGAGAGCAUCCAGAACGAGACCUGCGUGCUGACCCCGGAGGUGACCCGCGGGCCGUACGUGUGGCCGCAGUCGCAGACCCUACGACAGGACAUGACCGAAGACCAACCCGGCGUACCGCUCUGGCUGGACGUGGGUGUGCUGGACAUGGCAACCUGCGAGCCGCUGCCCAACGUGCUGGUGGAUUUCUGGCACUGCAACGCGACGGGCUCGUACUCGUCCUUCACGGCGCUCUCGCCGAACACCGAGUUCGUGAAGCUGCUGAGCGAACUGGACAUCAGCGAGUCCGACUUCGAGAUCGGGAAGACGGACCUGCACACCGACGACACCACCUUCCUGCGCGGCAUGUGGCCGACCGAUCAGAACGGUAUCAUGGAGAUGAAGACGAUCUUCCCGGGCUUCUACGUCCAACGAGCCAUCCACAUCCAUGUCCAGGUCCACACCGACUGGACCCUCCGCGCCAACGGCACCAUCGCCUCCAGCCACACCGUCAGUACCGGCCAGAUCUACUUCGCUGAGGAGCUCGAGCGCGAGAUCAUGGCCCUCCAGCCGUACGCCUCGCACACCCAGAUCAACCGUACGACCAACGCGGAGGACUCCAUCUUCGCGCAGGAUACCGAGGGCGGGUUCAGUCCUGUCAUCUCGGUUGUACCGGCUGAUGGGCGGGAUGUGCGCAAUGGCAUGAUUGGCUAUAUCACGCUUGGGGUUGAUACCUCUGCUAUCGAG